GGCACCCAUCUGAGAAGGGAGCAAUUCAGAAAUAGCUAGCGGCUACUUACUUAGCUCAAUAAUGAACACCACCAUGGAUUCAAAGAAAUCUAACAAGAUCAGAGACAUUGUCAGGCUUCAACAGAUUCUCAAGAAGUGGAGAAAGAUUGCUAACUCCUCAUCAUCAUCAUCAAAAGCAAUCUCCAACAGCAACCACAACAUGAGCAGCAGCAGCAGCAAGAGCAUCAAGUUUUUGAAGAGGACACUUUCUCUGUCGGACAAAACCACCACCUCCUCAUUUGAGGCCUCAAGCAAUGCUGCUGUCCCAAAAGGCUAUCUUGCUGUUUGUGUUGGGGAGGAGCUCAAGAGAUUUGUCAUCCCAACUGACUACUUGGGUCGUCCUGCUUUUCACAUUCUGCUGAGAGAAGCUGAGGAGGAGUUUGGGUUUCACCAGACUGGUGUUCUGAGGAUUCCAUGUGAGGUUUCUGUGUUUGAAGAUAUUUUGAAGAUGGUGGAGGAAGACAGGGACACAUUGCUCUUCAAUCUGCAAGAAUGCAGGUUUAACAAAGAUGAUAUGAUGGGGUGCUGCUCAUCAUCAGAAGGCCAGCCUAACUUUUCUCACCACCCAGAAAGCCCAAUGUGCAGAUAGUUUUAUUUAUUUAUCAUAAUUUUCACUCUUGUAGAUCUCUCCUCUUUUAGCUGAGAGGAAGAAGAACUUUCAAGUUGUGUAAAUUAUCCUCUGAUGCAUUUUGUCAGGCAUCCAAUCCAACAUCUUAUUUUCC